GCAUUUCAGGGACAAGCGAAGCUAAGAGGGGAAGUUUAGAUUGCUAGGAAAGUACUAUUGAUUCUGAAGGUGUCAAGAAUGUCUCAACACUCUGAGGACUCGUCGCGCCCACGCCCGCAGAACGCGUCACAGGGCAGUAACAGCCGCAACCACCACCACAAUAACGGCCAGGAUUCAUAUCCAAACCAUAGCCGUGGACGCCCUAGCCAUCGUCCUAGGGACUAUAGGCAUCGACAACAACCGCAGGAGCGUCCAGCCCCAAUCCGCCUUGCACCAGGACAGCCUCCACCUUUUCCAACCCCCCGACCGUUCCUGCAAUAUCAGGGUCAUCGUCAACAACAACAACAGCAGCAACAGCAGCAGCAAGCACCAUACCAUCACUACCAUUUAUCCAAUGGUUCGUCCUUCCAACCCCGUCAACCCUAUCAAGGCCAUCAUACCAACCACUCACGACGUGAACUAUCUGGACCUGUGCCAGAGAACCAGUUCCCAAUCCAACCAUUAGAUCGAUUUAAAGUCAAGUGUGUGGCCGUUCGUCAGCCUAUGGAGAUCGGAAGCUUUUCAUAUGAUGAGAACCGUCAGUUUAUCAUGGACGACUCACAACUCAAAUAUUAUUUCCCACCGGAUCUGAGGAAAGCCAAUAAUCUGUCUGUGAAUUACGACAAGUACAUUUCUCGGGAUUUGAUGGUGGAUGAGCACAUCGAUGCUUUACUGGAUGCAUUAAUCUGUAUCCAAGAGCGUGAAAGGGAACAAAGAGGUCCUUUAGCUCUACCUAAUAAAGCUGAAGAACCUCAACAGGAACCACAACAGCCAUCAGAAGACAGAGGAACUAUGAUAUCCAGUACCAGCAUUACGAGUGCAGACUUUAUAUGUUAUAGAGGUAUCCUGACCAAGGUCAUGUGUACGCCCUAUUCAAGGAACGAGCCUUGGGAAUUAGGAGCUACUCUUUUCAAGGGCUCAAUAUAUAUGGAGGAGCAUGUUUCAGCAGAGAAACGCCGAAAUGCAGCAGGAUCCGAUGAGCGGAACAAACUAAUGUCAUAUUGGGGCUAUCGAUUCGAGACUAUUUGCAACAUCUCCAAGCCUGUGUCAGAAUUACGAAGGAUCAAGACUAAGACCAAGACCGAGACCAAGACCAAGACCGAGACCGAGACCAAGACCAAGACCAGGACCAGGACCAGGACACGACGUGCCUCCUCUACUCUUGAUCCUGGUCCUGAUAAAACAGUUUUAGCCUCCUUUGAAGCGCCAUCAAUGAAUAAUGAAAUCGGUGUCAGCUCUGGCGAGACAGACUUGACAGUGGUGAAGAAGGAUAACAGUUCUAAGCCUCAUAAAGUAGCGCGUCUUGAAGGUGAUGUGUCGGUGAAGGAAACUAACUCUGGUUCAACCAAUAAAGACCAGAAUGAACAAGAUACCAACAACAACAACAACAACAACAAGAACAAUUACAAUGAUAGUAAUUACGAUAAGGAUAACAUUAACAGUGAUAGUGAUAGUGAUAUGGUCGAGCAAAUUGACUUGGAAGAUCCUGAGCUGACAGGACGAAUGGAUGGGAUUGUGAAUACUAAUUUUCAAUAUUGCACCGUUGCUCGGACCAAGAUUGGAGGCAACAGUAUCAUUAUGGGAGCAGAGGUUGACUGCACGUCCGAGCCCAAGGAUCCAGCGAGGUCAAACCCUCUUUCGAAUUACAUUGAACUCAAGACCUCACGCGUCAUCCGCAACGAUCGAGAGCGAAACAACUUUGAGAGGCACAAGUUACUCAAAUUUUGGGCGCAGUCGUUCCUGCCUGGAAUCCCAACGAUCAUCGUUGGGUUUAGAGAUGAUGAUGGCAAUGUUGUUAACGUCAAGACUUUCAAAACCUUGGAACUCCCACGUCUUGUUCGUGGUAGAGAAGGAGCUUGGGAUUCAACGGUCUGCAUCAAUUUUUUAGACGGUUUCUUCAACUUUUUGCGCAAGUGUGUCAUCAUUGAUGAUCCAGAGGUGACUUAUACGAUACGUUGGGCAUAUCCAUUCAAGGCCAUUGAAGUCGAGUUUGAAGGCAAAAAGAAUGCUUUCCUCACAGAACGAUUCCUCAAAACGUUUGAUUGUAAAUGAUUGAUUAACAAGUAAAAAAAAUAAAAAUAAAAAAUAAAAUCCUUUCUUU